AUUCACUAGUCCUGUCAGACCUGCCGUUCCCCGGCCAGAUGCUGCACACGUACAUGCUGAAACAGAUGGGUCAGCAAGAGAUGGCUGUCUUCCGCAUGGGUGACAAAUUUGCCCUGGUGCAGCACGACCGACUUCAGCUCCGAGGCCAGUCGACGGACGGUGAGGAGGAGUCUGGACUCAAACCCGAACUCUACAACGCCUGUCUCAUCAUCAACAACUGGGGGCGGGGAGGGGGCGGUGGUGGGGGCAGCACACCCGGUACACCCGAUGACCCCAUGAAGCUGGUGCUGAAAUACUUCCUGGUUCUCACCAGACAGCGAGACUGCUACCCGAUCCGAACGCUGGAGAAGGCUUUCGGGGAGUUCAGAGGUCACCUGGGGAAUGUGGGGCACAGGAAGAAAUCUGCCACUUCGGUGGACAGCGAGAGGGAGGAGCUAGACGUUGAGAGCCAGGGCAAGCCAGUCCCGGUGAAACAGCACAUCGGCAUGAGGAAGGAGCAUGUCAACUACCGUGGCUACUCCAACGUCCAUCAGCUCAUGUUGUAUAAUGCCCUCAAGAGGCAGAGUGACAAGGGCAGAGAGAGAAUCCUAGAGAUGGUGGAAAUGUCCAAGAAGAAGUGCAGACGGGAUUACUUGUGGCAGCGACUGCUCAUCCACUACUCCGAGAGUGAGGAUCAGGGGAAGAAGCCAACGGAAUCUGAUGACAGCACUCUGAGUCCACUGAGCUCGAGUGAGUUCUGUGAGCUCCUGGAGAAGGUGAGCACGACGCCACUGCGUGAGGUUGACCCCCAGCUGACCCCGCUGUUCCACAUGCCCCUGCAUUGGUACCGAGGCUUGUUCACCGCACUCAUCAACAAGUACCCUCGUGCCCAUCGCUGCUUCACCAGCACUGACAGGAAAACUCAGUACCUGGUUGUCCUCAACUCCAACAAUCUGGACAUGUUUGCCAUGCUGUCGCUGAACGAGGCUGCUGGAAACACGGAGUUGUGUGUUGUGAUGAAGGACCCUCCUAUGGAAGAUGUGAUGCACUCCCCAGACACGCCAAACCUGCCUCUCUACAGCCUGCAGACUCACGUGGAAGACAUUGUCAAUGUAUGCUGCUACCACAUCUGGGCCAGCAUGCUGUAAAUUUAUUUGUAGAAGACAUUGUCAAUGUAUGCUGUUACUAUAUCUGUCAAUCUGGACCAGCAUGCUGUAAAUUUAUUUGUAGAAGACAUUGUCAAUGUAUGCUGUUACUAUAUCUGUCAAUCUGGGCCAGCAUGCUGUAAAUAUAUUUGUAGAAGACUUUGUCAAUGUGUGCUGCUACCACAUCUGGGCCAGAAUGCUGUAAAUUUAUUUGUAGAAGACAUUGUCAAUGUAUGCUGUUACUAUAUCUGUCAAUCUGGACCAGCAUGCUGUAAAUUUAUUUGUAGAAGACAUUGUCAAUGUAUGCUGUUACUAUAUCUGUCAAUCUGGACCAGCAUGCUGUAAAUUUAUUUGUAGAAGACAUUGUCAAAUGUGAACAUCUUUGUGUCCAUCACUACAUUUUUGUUUUUGCUCUCUUUCACUAAGAAAAUCUUAAAACUGUAUUGAUUGAUCGGUUGAGGAGUUUUCUGUUGCUGGCAAUAGGGAGUUGGCCGUCUGGUCCAAUAACAGUUCCGUAUGACUGUUGUGAUCUGGCCUUUGAGAAAUUGGGCUUUCUUCCCUGCUUCGUUUUCAUUUCCCUUGAAUUUGUUUCUGACAAUAAUGUUCUCGUUUGGAAAACCAACCGCUCUUUUUUUUCUGUCAAUGAUGAUUUAUCCAUGUGAAGAGAAAGUUGAGUAAUAAUGUUUUGGGUUUUUUUCAAUGAUGUAAUGAAUUUACUGAAUUCUUCUUUCGUGUUUCAGUUUGUCUCAAUGAAAUUUUUUGUUGAGAUCAUAACUACAUAUAUAUAUACCAAUUUCCUUUUGGGAGAGGGUAUAAGUGAAAAGACAUUUUCUUACUUGCCGGUGUAUUUUUUAUUGAUAUUGUAAAUGUUUUCUUGCAAUGAGAUUCAAAGCUGUUGUUUUUCAGAUUCAUAAAGGGUUUUUUGAGGGGCAUUAAGAUUAAUUCUUGUCAUUUCUACCAAUAAGUGUACAUAUAUAUAUAUUCAGGAAAUUCAGAGGCAUUUAAUUUUGCAUCAAGACAACAAAAUGUUGUUUUUCAGAUUCAAGAAGGUUUUUUGGGGGAGCACAUUAAGAUUAAAUUCUUACCAUUUCUAUCAAUAAGUGUAUAUAUUUAGAUUCAGGAAAUUCAGAGGCAUUUAAAUUUGCAUCAAGACUACAAAAUGUUUCCUGCCCAUGACGUAGGCAUAUUGUUUUGACAAAGAGCAAUACAGUUCCAGGAACAUUGUCCUGUACAGGCUUGACGAGAUUUGUGAAGAUCACCAACAGUGCUUCCUUUUCCUGCAUUUGUCUUUCAAGCCUUUUGUCAUCAUUCUUUUCUUUUAUUUUAAUCAUAACUUUGGUCUGACCGAAAUGGCUGAUUAUAAUACUUAAUUCUGUAAUGAUAUCAUCGUUCUUGUUUGAAUUCAGUGUUCUAUAUUUUCUUAUUUGUGAUUACUCGUAUCUAUCAUUGACAUGAAUGAUUUUUUUCUUUUUUCUUUAUUAUGCAUGCAGUGUAAAAGCAUACAGGGUUUUCCCUAAAGACCGGUUUCUGUGGUGUAGUGGUUAAGCUUUUCUCUGCUGCCCCUUAAAGACAUGAUUUCCAUGAGGAGAAGUGUUUUUGGUCCAGUUUCUCUGUCUGUCUGCUGAAAUGUUGCAUCCUUUUCAGCCCAGGUCAGCCUUGACAAACAGUAAACAGGGUUGGAGCAGCCUGCCUCCUAAAUGAUGUAAACUGUGUCGAUGGGGGCAUAGAACAUCUACAAUUACAACACAUGUCAUGUUUUGAGCUAGGUCAUGUCCCCGUAUUCGCUUGUGUAGUAAAUUUGGCCUUUUCUAGGUGGAUUUUUUGUUUUUUUUGGAAACAUAUCUCACCAUUGGUUACAUUUUCUGCCUGAUAUUGAUAUUGUGUAGUUUAUUGAGCAAACUUUUUUGUGGUUAUGUUAUUCCUACAUGUGUUUAUUUCUGCUUACAUGUAGUUUUAUUUUCCUUGAUUCCUAGGUUAGCUUUUUCAUCCUUACUUUUCUCUCCCAAAGUAACAGUGUCCAAAUGUGGUUUCUGGGACUUUUGAAUUGACAUAAAGGCCUUGCUCUCAUUGGAAAAAUAGAAGACAAGGGGCAAGAGUGGACCAAAAACAACUUACUUUAAAGAAAAAUUAAACAGAUGGGUGACUAGGAAAGAUAGUUAUGAUGUAUAUAUAUUUUUUUUGUAAGCAAUCGAACAGAGAAAUGAGUGGCAAACCAUAACUGCCAGUGUCUGUUUCAGAUCUAGCACAAGAUGUUAAUGGUUAUCUCCGUCCACUAAAAAGACAAGUUGUAACAAUACUGCCAUAAGCUGACAAAACGCCUUUUUUUAAUAUUCCCAGCAGUUUGGAGAUCAAGAGGGUUUUUUUCAGCGUAACCAUUUUAAAAAAAGGUGUUUUUCCGAGAAUUUGAAUUCUAGUUUAUUUAAAAACUAGUCUGUUUCCCUUUGAUUUUUUCACACAAUUCGAAUAAUCGAUCAGGCUUUCGAUUCAACAGAUUUUAAAAAUCUGGCGCCAAAAAUCAAAAAGGUAUUUUAUCAGCUUAUGGAAGAAAAGAAGAACAUACACUCAGGGAGUAGCCUUUUCCUGACAUUCUUUUCUUUUGUUCCAUGUCUAUGGAUUUUCCUUUUUUGCUGCAAGUGUCCUAUAUUUUGUUAUUUGAAUUUCCAGGGCCCUGUUUGUACAGUCUGUUCUGUUCAUUUCUGUUCUAUUUUUGCCCUUUUUUGAUGGCCUUUCAACUUGUGUCUCUGCUUUGUGUGGAGUGGGCAUGGUGAGUCUUGUGUAAAGAUAGAAAGGAUCACUUUUGGGCAGAGACACUUUUCUAAAGGAACUGUUGCACCGUGAAACACACUUUUUUGUCACUCUCUUGUGACCUGCUAUUUUCGGGGUGCCUCGAUAGUCGAAGCAGACCUUGUGCUGUAGAAGCUAAAGAGGUGAGCAGAAUAAGUCUUAUUCCCUGUAAAGACUUCUCUGU